GAGGUCUAUUUUGUCUGCAUCGAGUUCCCUGACCUUCUUAUUCUUUUGACUAUGGAUAGACUAUUUCACAUCACAGUAGCCUGCUCGCAGGCGAACAUCACAUGAAAACCUGACUUAGUUUAGUAUUCACUCUAUUCUUCAUCUUCUACAAUAUCUUGCAAAUAAUGUAGUUAUAUUUUAUCUCAAUGUUUGAUCAUUAACUAUUCCUCAUCCUGAUUAUCAUUAGGUUGGGAUGAAAAACGUUCAAUUCUUCUCUGACGUAAAUCGUUAUGUGAGGCGUAAUCCUCAGCCAAUGUCUCUACUCCCGUGCUAGCCUCGGGUAUACUUCGUGUUUCGCCGUCUGUCGUCGCUACAUCUUCGUCAACUACCGCCCAACUCGGUCCAGGAACAUCAGCAGUGGACGAGACAAUAUUUUCAUCGGUAUUCUGAUCUUGAGAAGUGGAGAUUGGAGCAGUGCUGGUACCAGCUUGAGGUUCAAGUCCUGACAUGAAAGUAGGCCUAAUGAUAGUUCAAAAUUACUAACAGUUAGAAACACGAGUGUUUCCUGGGUCUCGGUAAGAGUACAUCACUGAGCUCUAUAUAUCUGGAGCGAGAACUUCGGUAUUUCAGGAGCGAGAAAAAUAAAUCCAAGAUGGCGGAAAUUGACGUCCAAUAGCUACGAAGCUCCUAAACAGUUUUAAUUCUUAAAUGACGGGCAAUGAAACAAAUUGUGGGCGAUUUUUCUCCUAUCAGAAUGGUUGUAGCAAGAAAAACUGAACGGUAAUUCAUCUUUUGAGUCUUAAACUCAAUCAAUACAUUAAAAUAGCUGUUUUUUGUUAUACUUGCCCGUCAACUGAAAUCCCAAAAUGACGUCAUUGCAAACGUCAUUACCAUUUCCCCCCAGCUAAUUCCAGGUUUUUUGUAACGGACUGCUAAACAAGUUAGGAGUUCAUAAAACCAUAGUGUUGUUCUUUAAAGACAAAAACAAAGGGACUGACUCUUCAAUUUCCGCCAUCUUGACUUCAGUUUCUGGACUUCUCACUCCAGAUAUACAUAGAGGUCAGUGAGUGACGGAAGAAAAAGCGUCGACUUACGUUUGAGUAGCAGCCACCGCUUGUGAGUAUUGAUUCAACUGCGUGAUGGCAGUAUCCAGUAAAGAAUGAAUAUUUCUCAACACUGCAAUACGAGCUUCCACAUUCUCACGUUCCUCGCCUUCCAUUGCUCGCAGUUCUUCCAUUGUUGCAGAUGAAGUGUUUCCACUUGAAGGAGGGCGAGGAAAAGGGAACCCUUCAGAAACAGAAUACACAAUGUUGUUGAAGGGUUUUGCAGAUGGAAAUUUCGAGUGUAAAGUUUAUACAUUUAUUAAACCUAACCAGGAGAAGUUGCGAAAAAUUCAAUUAUACAGUAGACCCUCUGGCAGGAAUUGAAACUGCGGAGCACUCUACCAACUGAGGUACAGAGAGACCUGCAAUUCGCGCGUGCUCACAGAGACGACUGGGGACGAGUCAGACAGAGAGACAGUUGUCAAGCUCUAACCACAAGUUUUUGUAUAGUAUACAAGUGUAAAUACAUAAUGGAAUAUGCUGUAUAAAGGAGAGUUAUUCAUAAGAUCAUGACAUGAACAGAACAUGUUAAUGAAUCUAACGUCGUAAGGGCUCUCGCAAAAUAGUUCGACGUUAAACGGAGUAAAUUAACAGAGUAGAGUACAUUAGGGCGCAAUACAACUUAAUGGUUAACCCAUUGAGUGCGCUCUCACGAGUAACCUUUACUUACCAAACAUUGGAGAUGGAAACAUGGGAAAGGGUGGCGGGAAAAAUGGUGGCAAUGUGCCUGGAAUCUAGAGAUGAAAAUAUAAACCAGUUGUCAGUCAGAAUACGGGCCCCCAUUUGAAGACAAAGGUUACACAGUUAGCAAUUAUUAUCAAAUCUAUUAUUAUGAUCAUGUAAUAACAAUUAUAGAGCGCAUAUUAUGACAAAAAAGGAAGGUUCCACUCACCGGGUUAGACGACGGUUGAGGAGUCGUUGAUGAUGAUGGUCCUUGUGUAGUGGGUGGCUGAGGUGGAGUGGGACCUAGACCUUGCUGUGGGGCACCUGGAGGUACACCAGGUGGUGGGACAGGAGGGAACCCCAUGGGAAACAUUGGGAAAGGUGGGGGCAUAUGAGCUCCAUGAGGUGGUAUACCUAGAUGUACAUAAAAAGUGAUGAGAUCAUUUCUAUGCAUACUAUAACUGUAUAAAUAUGUCAAACUAAGAACGCUUGCCAGUAUAGGUUGCGUUAUUAUGGCUAGUUUGUGUGGAUAGUGGGUCAUCAUCUACCUACACUAUCCAGGCUCGUGGUUGGUUGAUUAUAACAAUGAAAGACAAUAAAACUAUAGAAAUUGUCUUUCUAAAGAACGAGUCACGAACGAUGACCAUUUUUGUUUCUGAAAGCCAAUCACAAAACAUGAGCAUUUUAGGUAGGUCUUUACCGGGUUAGUUUGUUUGCACUUAGAAAGAUGAUCCGUCAGACGACGAAUCUAAAAUGGUGAUUUAUCUCCAGAAUAAAUCGGUCAGUUGCCAUCACGAUAAAUAGGCAACUUAAAAUUGUGAACUGCAGUUGAUCAAGAAAGUGUUCUUCUAAAGGCUGGUUGUGUAAACUAUCAAAGAUUCUGUGAUCACGAAGGAAGAAAUGUUUGUUAAAACACGUGUCAGUUCUCUCAAACAUUUCUUACAAAUCCUUCAAAACUUAGAACUUAUACUGAUGCAAGAUUCUUUCUGUGAUCAGAGAAACUUUGAUAGUGUAAACCAGGCUUAAUUUUAAAAUCUUGAGACGAUGCAGACCUUGAGGCAUGGCUGGCAUGGCUGGCGGCCGAGGUUGCUGAGGUUGUAAAACAUCCAUACGACAUGUUGGACAUGUUUGCUGUCUCUGGAACCAGGAACGUAGACAACUGAUGUGAAAUAUAUGGUUACAUGGCAGUUUCUUAGCGUUCGUCAUCAUCUCUUCACGACAAAUUAUACAAACAUUGUCUCCGCUAGCCAGUUCUUCUGGUGUUGCAUCUGGAUAACUACAGCAAGGUGAAAUAUAUCCAGUGUUAAUGAAGAGAUCAGAAAAUGAUGUCAGGUGGUAGAUUUUGCAGAGAAGAUGAGGGAAGCAAGGCAAAGAAUGAUAUGUAAUAAGAAGUAAUGAAGAUGGAUAGACAUGGAAUCCAAGAUGUACCCUUUCUUAUCCUUUCUAGACAUGACAGAGAAGAUGAGGGAAGCAAGGCAAAGAAUGAUAUGUAAUAAGAAGUAAUGAAGAUGGAUAGACACGGAGUUCAAGAUGUAUCCUUUCUUAUCCUUUCUAGACAUGGCAGAGAAGAUGAGGGAAGCAAGGCAAAGAAUGAUAUGUAAUAAAAAGUAAUGAAGAUGGAUAGACAUGGAGUCCAAGAUGUAUCCUUUCUUAUCCUUUCUAGACAUUGCAGAGAAGGUGAGGGAAACAAGGCAAAGAAUGAUAUGUAAUAAGAAGUAAUGAAGAUGGAUAGACACGGAGUUCAAGAUGUAUCCUUUCUUAUCCUUUCUAGACAUGGCAGAGAAGAUGAGGGAAGCAAGGCAAAGAAUGAUAUGUAAUAAAAAGUAAUGAAGAUAGAUAGACAUGAGUCCAAGAUGUAUCCUUUCUUAUCCUUUCUAGACAUGGCAGAGAAGAUGAGGGAAACAAGGCAAAGAAAAUGAUAUGUAAUAAGAAGUAAUGAAGAUGGAUAGACAUGGAAUCCAAAAUAUAUCCUUUCUUAUCCUUUCUAGACAUGGCAGAGAAGAUGAGGGAAGCAAGGCAAAGAAUGAUAUGUAAUAAGAAGUAAUGAAGAUGGAUAGACACGGAGUCCAAAAUAUAUCCUUUCUUAUUCUUUCUAGACAUGGCAGAGAAGAUGAGGGAAGCAAGGCAAAGAUGGCAUGGAUAUGUAAUAAGAGGUACAUAAUGAAGACUGACAGACAUUGUGGCCUGGUUUACACGUCGGAUUUUGGUCGUGUCGAAUGCAAUGAAGACAAUAGAUAAUGAGAUGAUAAACCUCAUUAAACUUCAUUAUCUAUUGUUUGAAUUGCAUUCGACGCGACCAAAAUUCGACGUAUAAAACAGGCCUGAAGAAAAAUAGAAGAUAUGCAUGGAGUGUGUAAAAGAUGAUCUAAAUAUCUAGAACCUAACAUGAGAAAGAUAGACGACAAGGAUCUAAGCUCCCAAUUAUACCAUCUCAAAUACUGAUAACUUGAAAACUCACAGUGUAUUCAUAUUUAGAAUAGCACGUCUUGACAUGAUUACGUCGCUGACCGAUUUCUUAAAUGAUCUAGAGAGAGAGAUUAAAAUCUGUAGUUGUCAAAUUAAGGAAAAUUAAAUACACAAAAUCACGGGGAAAUACAUUUCUCACCUUAGUGUUAAGUACAUUGGUCGGAUGGCAAAUAAUGGAAAUGUAUGCACUCUGAUCAUUAUUACCAUAAAAGUGAUGUAUAAAAAUGAUUUUAUAAAACCUAAAAUGAGAAUUGAGAACAGCUAGCUACCAUGUGGUCAAAAAAUUUCAUUAUUUAGUAAAACAAAGCAAAGUAGAAGUCUCACCCAUCACAAGUUCACUGUACAAAAUAUAAACAGCUUUAUUCUCCCAGGGAUUGACACUUUGAAGAUCAAUCGUGUGUAGAACAUAUUUCAUGAAUACAGCAACAACAAUUGUCAGUAAUAUUGCAUACUAAAACAAAACAGAGACAAUUGCCAUAAUUGUUGAAGGAUCUUGUACACGGAAAUUCCGUUACCUUUUUUAAAUCGUAACGAUGAGAAAUGGCCACAUACUCGUCAAAUAAAAAUUGCAGCUCGAAAUCACAUUCUUCCACCGUUGGGAAUUGAAAAUACAUUAAUUAUGCCAAGGUUAGUCAAUCCAAAAGCAAGCUAUUUGUGGCCGCAAGCUAUUUGUUUCGUAAAACUUUCGAAUACGAAUGUUCUCUGUUCAGUGGUUAAUUGAACCAUGUUUAAUAAUGGCGUUCUUAUUGUCUCACUAAGGAAGAUUGAGCUCAUUUUAGAUAAUUCAGUUAACAUUCAAUUUUAAUUUCUUGGGAAUUGUCUAUAUGUUUCGUUUUCCAUGCAAUUCCCAACGGUGGAAGAAUGUGAUUUCGACCGGCAAUUUAUAUUUGACGAGUAUGUGGCCAUUUCUCAUCGUUACGAUUUAAAGAGUAUUAUUGAAAAGUUAAAUAACUGUUCUUUCGUCCUAUGUAAAAAUUGAAUUGUUUAGCCACGUUUAUGAUGCACGACAGCCUGUUGAAUUUCCAUUGAGUUUUUUUAAAAACCCUGUAUAUCAAGGUGAUGGCACCAGGGCAGGAAAAAAUAAUUUUCUUCCUGGGAGCGCAACCUGGAGACAAAAAUUUCCUGCAGACCAACAAACUAUAUUUAUGCUAAAUCUGCAUGUGCAUAAACAUAUAGUGUUCUAGCUGACCAUGCUUUAAAUUCAAGGAAUAAUGUCUGUCAACCAUAUGUUGUUGCACCCAUAGCGAGACAUGGGUGUUAAGGUUUCCUUCAAAUUUUCAAUAGCAAAUCUUCAUUCAAACAAAUUUCCUGCAGCUGUUUAACAUUUCCUGCGAGCAGUGCUCACCUAUUUUUUCCAGCCCUGGGUGAUGCCAAUGUAAGGUGUAUAGAUACAAUUAGUUAUAUUGAGUCUGGAUGCCUAAAUUCCCAAUAUAAAAGCCGCAGUUGUUUAAUCACCUCAAAUCCAAAGACAAGUUGUGUUGAAGCACCACUGUUUAUGACACUGUGAUAUGCUUUGUGGACAAGCAGAGAGUCUAGAGUACCAAGUAAUGUUAACAAACCUAGACAACAAUAUUGCUAUAGAUUAUUACAUAUUUCUGCAACUCAAACAUUGUAAUCAAAUGUCACAGAUAUACUUCGUAUAUGAAACUAUCUCAACUUACAAAUGACACGAAUAUGAAAAAGAAAUGAUAUAACAGGACUUCGUUCCAUCUAUAAAAUUAUGUAAAAAGGCAUGAAACAAUUGAUAAACAUACAUCAAAACACAGAUAUUAUCAAAUGUAUGUCUAAGGCAAGGAAACGUACAUAUUCCACUCUGUCCUCGGAAAGCCAAUGGAAACAUUUAAGAAACAACAGCAUGGUGAACUGAGCGACAAAAAGAGGACUGAAAUUAUCUCGAAACACUGUGAAGGCAAGGCAUGUCUCUGUUACGGCAUACCAAGAUCUCUCUAUCAAAUGCUACACACAAUGAAAGAAAUGGAAGAACAUUUUAGGGAGAAGAUAUAUUUCUGUUAAAUGCACAUAUUAGGUAUGUUCAUGUUUGUGAUUUGUUCACUAGAAAUGCUUGUCAAUCUGUUUUACCUCAGUUUCUGCAGGACGUAAUUGACCGAAGAAAACUUUACGAGAGAGUUGUCCAAGAAGCAGCACAAACACAAAAGCUUGUAAAUAUAGAACCUAAACAACAACAUCAACAUAAAAUAACAUGUCACCUUUUUGACAUACUUUGUAUUACAUUUCAGACAUUUCCCCUGUAGUCUAGUGGCAUUUUUUUUAAAAAAGAGGGGUGAAUAAAUUUCUAGUAGGGUGCAAGCGGCACCACUGAGCGAGCUUUGGCAAGCAUUAGGGCCAAAGACUUUCACACAAAAUGGGAGGGGUGAAGCAAAAUUUUGGUGGAGUUGAAUUUUGGUGGGGUUGUAUAAGAGGGGUUCAAGAGAUUCUAGGGGGGUUUACAAGUCUAGUGGCAUUGUUUCAGGAAUGAUUCCAGGUUAUUUCCCCAUUUGUACUAUAUCUUGCUCUAGUGAAAUGAGUAUUCAUGUUUUUUUCAAAUUGUUUUGUUGGGUCAACAUUUGAGUCUGUUCAGGUUUGGUUUGAGGGUAAAAUUUGGGGUGAAGGUUAGGUUGUCAGAACCUCUCAAGAGAGUGGUCUAGUGCUAAACUUGUCAACACCUGUGGGCAUGAACACAAUCAAAUAUUGUGUUUGUUUGCACACUUCUAUGACAAACAUAGUAAUUGGUCAUUUCAGAAAAGAUCCACCCUGUUCCCAAGGAGUCUGAAAUUUUUGGAGGGGCAGUGGAGACCGGGAGAAACAUCUGUUUCUGAUAAUAGUAAGUGUAUUAAUACGUUGGAAGGGGAGUUGACUAACAAUUUCCUCUGGGGGGCAGGUGGUAUGGAUGUUUCCUGGAAUACUCCUUGAAUGAUCGUCAGUACAAAAUAUGGCAUGACUGACGGUUAGCACCAUUUUCCAUCCAGCAAACUGCCCUAUCGAUUUUUUAAAGUCGUUUCUUUUUGGAUUUUUUUAUUAAUUUGGUUAGGGUUAGGGUUAGGGUUAUGGUUGCAGUUAUGCACCUAUCAAUGUUAAGCCCCCAGGGGGGAGGACGGGAUUAGGUGGGGAUUAGACUUUUUGAAGAAAAUUUUGAGCUAAUUAAUGCCCCAAUAUGGGGCGACAAAAUACAGGCGAAUAUUGAAAUAUUCCCCACCCUGGGGAUCAAAUCCCCACAGUAUAAAUAGAACAUAAUAAACAAACUUAACAAAUUCAGUUGAGAAUAGAGCAGCAACGUUGUUUAAAAUCAUUAAAAUGAUUUUAUUUACAGAACUGUUGAAUGAUUUUUGAAUUUUAUUUAGGACCAAUGAAUGUUUCAACAACAUUAUUCAAGUUUUUCUCCUUCAAAACUUUCAAAAAUUCUGUUACAAUUCUAUUUCUACUCGUUUCGCUCGCCAUUCUGCUUGCUUUCCAUGUGGUUGCCCAACGCAUCCAAUGCAUUACUUGUCAGCGGUAGUCACGCGACUAGAACAUGUGGUUUAAGAUUUGUCAAAUGUCCCAACCCUCGGGCUUCGAAGAAUGGUAAAUAUCCACACUUGGGGCACGAAAUUUGCAAAUCCUGAGGGUACGCCCGGCCUCCCCCCCUGGGGGCAUAACAUUGAUAGGUGCAUUAGGGGUUAGAGUAGGGGUAUGUUUUGUGUUAGUUACAUAGCCAUUCAACACCUCUUCCAUCUUCUGAAAAUGACGUCAGGUCAGUUUGCUGGAUGGAAAAUAGUGCUAACCAUGACUGACAUGCAAAUGACAAAUCUUGCAAUCACAAUCAGAUCUAACCCACUAAAGCUGUGUUUACGUUGCUACUCAGAUCUGAUUUUCCUGAAUAAACUGUCAGCCAAUUCGGUAAAGCCAGAACCUUCUAGUCUUCUAGAGACAGCAGCCCCCCCUGGGUCUGGGGAAAACAGAUUUCCCCUGUUUACAUGACUGUGCAAAAUAAUGCCAUCAAUAGCCACCACACGUUCCUCCUCGCAGCAUAACCUACCGCUAAACUUGGAUUAGACUUUGUUAUAUACACGACAGAAGGAUAGAACUGUUGUUUCUGAAAGUAUGCAUUUCCUAUCACCAAACUUGUCAGAACGACACUGCCAAUACUCAGCAACCAACCACGCAUUUUUAUUAAAUUCUUGACAGCCACGGUUAGUAUAGUUGUAUAUUUUAAAUAUCAAUUUCCAAAUAUCUUGGACAUAACAGAAAAUGAAGGAAGACCAGAUGAAAUACGUGGAAAUUUGUUUUUGAACUCGAAUAAAAUGUAAACACGUCUCACAUACGGGGAUUUGACGGCUUGUUCCGAAGACGUCCCGAAGAAAAUAUAAUAUAAUAUUGGCGCGAAAUUCAAAUAAUUUGUGAAAUUUGAAACAUUGAAAUAAAAUCCAGGAUUUUGAUCUAUUUUGUGGUGAGAAGCGAUGUUUUUUAUUAAAUUUAAUUAAAAACGUGUGGUUUAGUAGCUGCAAUAAAACGAAAGAAAGCAAGAAACAAAAAUACACUCAGAAAUAUCACUUUCAAAUUUCAAUGAAAUGAAAGCGACCCUCAAAUAUUUGGUUCACUUGAUGAUUGCCAGGUGUAAGUCAGUAUAAAAUCAUAACAUCAAUAUCAUUACAUUAUGUGUUUAUAUAGAUAUGCUGAUAGAACAUUCGUAUUCACCGUUCUAAAUCAAGUUUUGAAAUUCAGUCGUUGGUCAGUCUUGUCCCCCCCCCCCCCUUUUGUAAUGGUUUAUUGCUUUUGGAGUGUUUUCCAAAGAAUUGUGUGUGAUAAAAGCAAUGAACUGCAUCGUUUUGAAAAAUUGAUGGUAGAUUUUUCCACUUUCCUGUGACCUGAUUUGAUUUAAAAAGUCUUGCAGUGCAAUGGAUUAAAUGAGUCAAACUAAAGUCACUAAAGGGUGUCACAUGUAAAAGUUUUCUAGGGGUUUACAAAUAACUUACAUGAAGUUUCCUGAAUAAAAGUGAGUGCGCGCGGUGUGAUGGGAAGAUUGAAAUGAAGCUCACUUUCCCCUCACUAGAAAUACCACUCCCCACCUACCUUGGGAUAUACCCUCUCCUUGGCCGUUCCAAACCUGUUCCCAGCUGGUAUAAGUCAUACCAAGUCAUAGGACAGGUCAGCAGGGGGGAUGACAUUCUCAAAUUAAUUGUUAAAUUCUCGGCAGCAGCACGAAGUUUGGUCAUGCUCUGUUCUUGAAGCUUGUUAAUAAUUAUAUGCAACUCGAAAGAAAAAGUGAAAAAGUGCACACUCUGGUAGGAAACAACUCAAGCUAUGUGACUCAAGUGAGGGAGUGCCCGCAGGAACGAAGUUAUUCUCAAGUUCUAGAAUUAAAUUUAAAGUGUUUUAUAAACCUCUUAUCUGUUGAAAGCAUGAAUUACAACGAGUGUCGUGGCAUGUUCCGUUUCAUGUCAGACAAGAAAAAUCCGCAUGAGUUGGCACGUGUUAUAUUCUUCCAGAGCCUGUAAGAAUUUACCAAAUAUAGAAAUUUAAUAAGUUAAUAAAAUUGAUGUAGCCCAAGUAAUGUAGCCACGUCAGACAGGAAGCGAGCAGCCGUCUGACACUGCAAAUUGCGCGUGAAUUGAUCAAUCGGUAUAUAUUAUUCCAGUCGCUACUGAACACAAGCCAGUACACAAGCCAGUAUUAAUAAUUUUCUUUGUCUCAAUGAGUUAAACUGUCUCUUCAGACAAAUUAAAUUGUUUGGAAACAAUUUUGAUGUGAAGUUCCGUGUGAAAAUACAUCCGCCGAUACUGGCUCUCGAGAAUGCGCUUCCCACAGGAGCAGCGCACCUGUCACACAUCAGAGAAACUUGCUGAGUUAACCACAUCGUGUGCUGACUAGCUCAGCUAUGCAUUUUCACCAUACACGUUGGGAAAACUACUCAACAUCAACAUCGUUGAUAACAUCGUUUGCAUUUCCCUCUAUUGUCGCCAUUUUUACCAAAGUCACGUGAAGAAACUAUGCGUUCUCAUUGGCUAAUUAAUUCAAGCAGCUCAGCACCAUUGAACUAUAAUGAGCACUAAGCUCGCAACAUCCGCAGACGUCGAGAUUUUUUCCUGGCGAGGUGAAAAAUGUCAAACACGAUAAAUAUUUUCCUCAAAGUCUCGAGAGGUUAAAUUCUCACGAAAACUAUUCACACACGAGAGAAAAAACAUGCUGCUGAGCCAGCCACCACGCAAGAGCCUGGGAACGAGGUUUGGCCACGCGAAGCGACUAGAUCAGCCAAGUUCUCUCGUAUGUGGCAGCCGCUUAAAUUAUUUUUUUAUUCCUGAAUGUUCUGGUUUGGAAAGAGCAGUCAUGCAUAAAUUGAUUGAAAAUUAGUGCUUAGAUUCUUGAACAGUUAUUCCACAAGACGAGUGCAUGGCUUAUCACAGUCCAAAUUUGAAAGGUUAAUCAGAAUAUUGCCUCUUCAUUUCCUAACUUGGCUUUGGGUUUAGCCUUAGGGCUUGAUUAAUUUAAUCUCUCUAACAACAAUUGGGGUUGGCUUUUCAUAGAGGAAAUUAUUUCUCUUUUAUAACAGAACACGAUGUUAUAGAAAGUAUUUUGCCGUCGUUGAUGAAAAUUUCGAGUAAAAAGCAAUUUAGACCUAACCAUUAAUAAGUAGGUCAACGUGCAAACUGGAUGGUUAGGUGAACAAUAUACAACAUCAUCUUGUUCUAAUCGUAAUGAAAGAGAAAUGAAAGUGUUUAAACGGGAAGAGAGGAAGGAAAUGUUGACUCCAUGAUGGCAACCCAAUCACUUCUAAACACUCCACUUUUUGUUUACAAAAUAAUUCUUUCAACUCAAAGUUCACUUAUGGUUUUUCCGGUGUCCAGGUUCACUCAGGGCGCUCAACAACCACACUCUCGUGUUUACACUUUGCUGAGUAAAUUAGGAAUACCGGCGGAAUAAAUUUACGUUGAAAAUCAGUGAAAUGCAAACACAAUUACACAUGGUCCUUAAUUUUUACUUCUGAUUCCAUAAUCCUGAAUUAUUCAAACGAACUGUAUUUGUUUCAUACUGCCAUAACUAAAUAAAGUAAUCCGUUAUGUUGUAACAUAGUGUCAAAAAUUAUUAGUCUGUGACUCAGUUUUAAAUUGCGCCUUAGUAUUGUGGCAACCGACAAUAGCUAGCCUACGGUGUUUCUGCUGGGGUCUACACCGUAGGCUAACAACAGCUUGCUAUUGGUGGGUUCCCUGUAGACGUUGCAAGUACCAGAUAGUGCAUGGUCAACUUCACAAGUGUUGACACGAACAGAAGCAAAAAGUUCCAAUUCUUAUUUAUCCGGCCCCCAAAUACAAGACAGCUCCAUCCAGAAUUAUUUUCUCUCUUUGAUAAUUGCAGGAUGAGUGUGACCCUGGGGGCCUCUGGUGAAGCCCACCAAUAUCCUUCAUAAUUAUUGCUGAGGUUGCACGCAUGGCAGAUUAGUGUGAGAAAUUGAAGAGUGAAAAUAACUAUAGUGGGUUAAUUGUGUAUCUUUUCGUUUCCUCAGUGCGGAAAUCACAGAGAUUGUUAAUUGAAGCUAAGAAUAUUCGGCAAAUAUUUAACGUCGGCUGCGCCUGAAUCUCAAGUAUGAUAUUAGAUCUCACCCGCAACACUUGCCAAACGUUUUGACGAUCAUCGUCAAAGCACAACUUGAAUUUCAAAUAUCAAAAAAGAAUUUUAAAAAUUUCUGUGAUUUGCAUUCGUAAUCAAUAAACUACGCGAGGCAACACUCUAUAAUAUACACUAUACUUUCAUGUUUCUGACAGAGAAAUAAUAUAUAUUCUAUGGUUUCUGACCACAGUUUGUCCUGACCAAAAAACAAUGUUAUAUAUAGUUCAGCACAAUAAUAAACUCAAAUAAGUGUGAAAACUGAUCAUGAAUUUCCAAGCCUAAAUUGCAGAUCAAAACUACCCUAUUAAACAGAAUCAAACACUUCAAAGUUUUGAACAAAUGGCAAUCAAAUUUUAUUUUGUUUUUAUUAGGGAAAACACGAAUGCCAUGAGAAUGAAAUACUGAACAAGUCUUACUGGACUCUUGUUUGAAGCUUUCUUCAGUGAUGAAACAGCCGAUAACGCGUAUAAAAAAUUAUCAAGACUAAAAGUCUCCAGGUGUAUAUACGACAAAACAUAUACUGUUGUAGAAAAUAUGAGCAGGUAUGACGAUUGGCGUUAAUCUAUUUUAAAGUACAUGACCUUUAGUUUAAAUUUGAAUCGUACGUUUUGUUUACGCGAGUUAUUCUAAUGAGAAUUGUCAUUACAUUACAUUAAAAAAAAAUCAAAUUUCCUGAAAUACCACGAGCAAGUAGUUUUUUCCGUUUUCUCUAUCGUUGAUCUUACAAGAAACUUUGAUUCAAAUUACGUCAGCAAGUCUCUUACCAAGUAGACGGCAGUUAAGUUCUUGAUACUGAAGUGGGUACAAUAUUUUUAUGGUGGGAACACGCACUGCCCCAUUAAACAACUUCUUACUUUUAUUUGAAAUAUAUAGUAAAAUAGCACAUAUUAUCCAAAGUUAACCUAAAAAAGAAAACAAAAAAUAAAAAUUGAUAUUUCGUAUCAUGUACAAUUCAUGCACACAGAGUUACGUGCACUAAACAGCGUUCUUGAAUCUUUGGAUUGGCAUGCAACGUCAUGGAAAAAACAGACAAUAUCUUGAGAGCAAAAAUACGAAAAAUACCAAACACACUUGUAGGUGCAUGUACUAGGAUUCCGCAACAAUAAUGCUAAAAACCUUCAUUCAGUAUAGUCCCAAGAUGACAAACUACCACAACAAGACAUAACAUAACAUAACAUAUAACAUAAUACCCUGAUUCUAUACAAUAUAAGUUGAGUGCAGCAUCUUUCACUGCAGUGGGAGGUUCAUGGAUCUUAUCCUUGACCGUUUUCAAAACACAUCAGUUAUGCAUGUUAGAAUUUCGGUAACUGCAAAGAAAAUGAAUCCGCAAUAAAUUGUACAAACGUCUAUAUAGACCGACAGCACAAAGUUAAGCUCACUAAACUAAACUCUAAAUGACUAACGUCUAACAUCUUUCGGCUUUGUUAAUUUCCAUGAUCGUGAACGAUACACAUGUAAGUAUUCGUUUCACUGACCAGUGACCUCGUAAGGCCGAUUUAAACUGCAAAACUUUUAGAACUGUCGCAAUAUCACACAAUUCACCUACGACAACGUUUAUGGGCGAUUUGUGCAAGUUGUAUAUGCGACAGUUUUAGACUUUUAGAAAUCGGCCUACGGACCCUGGGUUGCAGAGCCUUCAGAAAGUUUCCUAGCUAGGGUUUAUGUCCAAAGACCUUUAAAAACCUGAAAACCUCUGGCACCCAGGGUAUUCAUUGAACACUACUUGUAAAAUUAGAUCGAAAAUAGAUUCUUUGAGGCAUAUUUCAACAUAAGUUAAUGUUUGCCAUUCAGACAUUCAGUAUUAAUUCAUUGCCAUUCAUAUCACUGAGCCGGUCUGAGUACAAAAGUCCAACACAAAAAAUUGGCAACAGUCUGAAAAUCUGCAGUCAGCUGAAUCCUCCGCUCUAAACAAUUCCACCCACCUUCAUGAUAAUUAUAUAACUACAACUCUUACUUUCGAUAAAAUAGAAAAAAACACACAAUGAUUAUAUGACAUAAUACCGCGGGUGAGGCAAUGUCUUCGCGACUGUUUCCUGGAUAUAUCAAAAUAAAAAUAUUCUAUCGUCUGAUUUAAUUCUACACAUUUCUUCCAGAAGAACUCUAAAUAAGAAUUAGAAUCAAUUGGAGAAAAUUAGUGGAACUGAAAGUGUUUAAUUUGAAACAAACCUUAACAUACUAAAUUAUACAAACAAACUGAAUAAUUAUGUUUAUAUAUAUGGCAACAAGACUGUGAAUUUGUAUCGUUUUGGCAAUUGACCCGCGAUAAAAUAUGCCUAGCAGGAGAAUUUAAAUAAGAAAAUUAAAUGUUGAACAUAUUAAAUACUUGGCAAUGUUUUGACGAGUAUGCAUUUUGAUCGAGUGAAUCCAUGACUCUGUAGUGGACUCCAUAUAAAGGCUGCAACAGUCGUCUGAUCACAAAAUCAAUCAGAAUAUUCUCUUAUCUCCACAAUUCUCAACAUCGCUUGAUACAAUGACAACAGCAACAACUGAUUAGAAAAAUAUCAAAUUGGGUUAACUAAAAUACGUCAUUGAAAUAAGAUAAGAACGCCGCUAUCUGGCUACAGGCAUUCGGCCCGGAAAACGACUCUUAAAUAGAAAUACAACUAGACAAGAGUUGAAUUUUUAACAUCAUACAGUUACGUACGGUUCUACUUAUAGCAUUGCACUGGGACAUUUUAUUCUAGACAUAGAAAAUUCGCUCAAAGCGCAAGAGAGUGAAGUGAAAAAAUCAACGAGUCUGGCGUUGGAGUGAAACUAAGCCAAACCAUGGCAGAUAAAACAUGUUAAUGUUUACUGUUUUGUCUUCUUUUUACUGUGUGUACUGUGAUGUCAAAGGCCAAGAUAAAGUUUAGUUGAUUUCAACGUUUUAGUAUAGUUUUAUUCAAGUUAGACAAACCUACAUAACUUUUGUUCACUAGCAAAAUACGCGACAUCGCGACUGCCUUCCAUUGGGAACAUGAGUUUGAAAUGAAACAAUAGAAUUGUAACAAAACUACCUGGUCAAGUAGUGUCUUCUCGUUGACAUUGCAAAGAUUUUCAAUAAAUACACACUUGACAAACGUUGUGUCGAGUACCGGGAAUCUUUCAAAAUAAAUCUCAUUAAUCAUCUUUACGUUGCUCUCAUCACAAUCCUUGUGGUGAUUAACCUAAACUGUUUUACUCCAACUAAUUUAUGGAGUUGGCAUUUUCCGCCUCUACUUCCCUGUGCCGAAAAUGGACUUGGCCUUUUUGUCUUUUAAGAGUUAAGCAUUUAUCUGAACAAGUUCGGCCAUGUUUUCCGAAUAAGUCUAACUAAUGGACCGAAAAUUGGCGAAAAUGUCCUAAUUACGGUCCUUGGAGAUUUUAGGAUUUGCAUGUUCUUUUAAAAAGAAACGCUUGCGUAAAAAUUGCGCAUUUGGUUCUGAGCGCUGUUCCCUAGACAGUCUCGCAAACUUUUGUUGCGUUGGCAUAGCAAACCAGCGCGACAUUGAAUAUCGUUGCAAAUUAACUAUUACAUCAUAAAGUGGAACAACGUUUGUGAAUAUUACAUGUUUCAAAGAGUUUCCAAGUGCUCAAGUGUCGGUUAAAAUGCGAAAGCAAUAGCGCAGUGUUGACAAGGUCUUGUUCUAACCUCGCGUUAGCGAGACCAGCGCCGUUUGAAUUGUUUCGGCGGAAGUGAAAUGUGAACAGCGCAACUGCAACAGCGCAGGAGAAAUAACGCAUGACCAAAUAUGGAAUUAGCAAGCUUCGCUGCUUCCUUAUAUGGCAGUGAAUUUUCCAAAUAAAGCUCUGUGUUGGCACGUGUGUUGAUGAUAAUUUCUAGUUUCAUAUAAAAGCUGUAGAAAAUGGAUCGAAGUCAGAAUGAAGUCGGCGAGUAUAGUCUCAAGAGUGAGAUAGAUACUGAUACACAAGCAAAACAAAGCGACGAAACACAACAAGACGCCAUUAUGCAUCAACAACAACUACAUCGCGGGAUUAAACGCGACGUUGAUGAAAUGCAUAGUAGUUCCUCAGAUCAGGAGAAUAUUGAAGACACCAACAAGAUUGGGAUAAAACCAGGAAAAAAGACAAGAGGCCGAGUUAAAAUUAAAAUGGAAUACAUUGAUAAUAAACUGCGAAGAUACACGACAUUUAGCAAGCGGAAGACAGGCAUAAUGAAAAAGGUUGGUGUGUACUGUCAAUAUGACAAUAUCCUGUCUGAGUUUCUGCAAAUAUCAUCCACUUGUACUUUGCAUUCUGCCUAUAUAUUCUGCACAAACACUGGUAACAUUUAUUCCCUGUGCAAAACUGUGCAGCAUAGUUAUUUAUGUAUAAUAUUGUGAUAUUUUUCUAGGCUUAUGAGCUGAGCACAUUGACAGGCACACAAGUCAUGCUUCUUGUUGCAUCAGAGACAGGCCAUGUCUACACGUUCGCCACGCGAAAACUUCAACCAAUGAUCACUUCAGAAAGUGGCAAAGCUCUCAUACAAACAUGUUUAAAUUCCCCAGACCCUGCAAUCAAUACAGUAACUUUAGAUCAACGUAUGUCUGCAACUGGCUAUGAAGAACCUGACUUGUCUUAUUCUUCACAUGACGGCGUCAAUGUCGACAAGGUUUGUACUUUCAUUUUAUACAAUAACGAAAGUUUUAAACUUUAUUUUGUCGUAACUCACAUUUUAUCCUUUCCCUUGAUAUAAUUUUAUUUACUUAUGAGCCUGUACAGUAUAUAAUUAUCUGCCCACGAAAGCUUUUAAAUCCUACACUUCAGCUAUAAACUCAAAGCUGCAUUUUAUAUAUAGCGAAGCCGAAGCGACGCCAUUGUCUAGUAUUACCAAAAUAUGCAUACAUAAGUUGUUGUCUUGCAUGUUUCGUGUCCAUAGGCUUUCCUAACACUAAAUCCUGCAUUAUCUUGAUAUUAUAACAGCACAUGUAUUGUUAUUUUACGCUAUAGUAAUUCUCUCUCAUUCAUAUUUCGCGUAAGUUUGUUAUGUGGGCCAUAUAUGGCUGGCAUGUCUUUAUAAGGUAACGUGUCGCAACAAAACUAUAUCCAUUUUUGGAAGUCUGGGCAAACUCUUGGGACUUUAAAUUUUCCCCUAAAACCCGCGAACUUGGCCUUUAAAUUUGGACAUUCGUUAAUAAUGUGUAGAAUAUUUAAGUUAUACUGAUGUUUUUAAAAGAAAUAACGUGGAAUUGUCGAGUUUUUACUUCGGUAUUUGGGGAAUUUCAAACAUCGCGUCCCUGACUCGCACGAAGCCGCUGUGAGAUUUAGGAAUUAGUCGGAUUAUAUGUGAAUGUACGUUGUUUUAAUCCUGAAAUAUUGCCUAUUGCGGAUAAAAGUACGUACAAAUCUUCUAGAUUACUGCUUUUAAGGCAAAUUUUAUAAAAAAUUCACAUUUACUAUAAAUUGCUUGUAAAAUUUUUAGUUUCUUUAUUUAAAAUUUAGCGAGCUUAUACAACCUUGUACUAGUAACGUCAUGAAAAAUUCAGGUUGCAUUUCAAGAAAAUUUCUGGUAUCCAAUUCAGAAUUCUUUCUAUAUCAUCUACAAUCUUGGCAUUUCAGUUAUGAUAAAUCUUGAUCAUAUUAUCAUAACAAAUACAUAGUUCUGAGCCAUUAAAAUCAAAUAAAAAACAUUUCAUCAUUGCCACAAGCCCAACACCAUCAGCUGAUGACAUGUAAAUACUGAAAUGGUGGGAUUAUUUUACUCGGCUUUCAAAGUAUUUGAAAAAUAUUAUAAAUGUUUGUACACUGUACACCGAACCCUGAAUAGGUUUAUAGAUACGUUUUCAGAUUGCAAAGGCUAGGUCUUUGCAGACAGUAUUGUGUGGUCCUACUCCUGAUAAUUUUACAGAAAAUAGUUUUUGCUAUCAACUGUUUCAAUUGUCUUUUAUCUAACACAUUUGAAAUGGUUGUAUGCAUUUGAAAAGGCUAGGUGAAUAUAACUGCACAGAAAAUUUAGCAAAUGCACCAUAUUAUGUGACUGCAAAUGUAUUAUAGAACUGAAAAUGGUUGAAAAGACUAUUACCACCAGUUUAACACUGUGUUUAAAUGUAAUGGUUAAAUUUUAUGAAACUAUACUAAUUACUUCUGCUACAGAUGUGAGGGCAUAUAAUUUACAGAACUUGUACAAAUUGUAAAGCAUUACAAAAGAUAAUUGGCCAUAAUUCCAUUAAAUUGGGAAGAAUCAAAAUGUCCCAAUAAAUAUCACUAAGGGUUAUGCAAUUUUAAUAGGCAAGCAAUGUUCAUAUCAUAUUUUCAAACAUUGAUAAGCACAUCUGUGUUAAAUUAUAAUACUUCUCUGAUGAAAUGAUAGUUCCUAUCAACAUUAAUACCCAGCUAUUUUUGGUCAGGCUGUAAAAUUAAACCACAUUUAAACCUCUCUUUGUUACCCUGGCCUUUGAGGUAAAGCCAUUAAAGGGUCUUUUGUGUUUGAAACAAAGUAUAAAGAUGACUGCAUUGUUAAUUUUUGUUAACAACCAGCAGGGACUAUUGUAUGUUACAGUUAAAAGGUUAUAUUAACUUGUAUAUUGUAACUUGUAUAACAUUUUUGCCAAACAUGGUAUAAUUAUGUUUGAAUACUGUACCAAGAUAAUUCAACACUUCAAAUCAUAUUUCUCUGUGCAAUUCUUGGGUCACAUUAGUGAAGAAUACAUGGUAUUCGGAUACACAGCUGCAUAUAUCAUUUACAGUUAUAAAUAGCAAAGGUGGCAUGUAAUUAGCUUUUGAUGGUUUUAGCACAUCCCAAGUCUGGCCAAUGGCCAUGCCAAGAAAAAGCUUGAUGUAAUAUGUUAAUUGUAAUAUUACGUGUGAGAGAUCUAACCGAUACUUGUGCUACAAGAUGAGGACAAGUUAUGUGCUGACAAUGUAAACUGCUAGAGUUAUAGGCACAGCUAGGUAAUUAUAAAAAUCCUUAAUAAGGAUAGAAAUCAUAUGGCCUUUGACAUUGGUUAAUUUGAAAGGCUAUACCCUGUUUAGGGCAUAUGUAAUUAUUGAAGUGCCACAGUUCACAAAAAGCUCAUGCCGGGUUGUAUUCAAUUAUGUUCCUUUGAAGUGUGAUGUUCAAUCAAGACCAUUUAGAGAGCUGUUAGUGCAAGUCACUGUGCCAUGUAUUGCCCCUGUUUGGUUGCUUAGUAUAUCACAUUGUAUAACCACAGUGCAUCACAAACUAUAUAACAUUAACCCAUUGAGUACCAGCAAUCUCCUCUUGGUGAGUAAAAUCAUCUGGCAUUAGGCAGAGUAAAAUAAUAAAGUAAGGCGUAGUGGGGCACAGUGCAAAUAGCAGGUUAAUGUAGUCUACGUUACAAAUUACACAUGCAAAAAUAUUAAGCUUGAAUUUUUGAACAUGGAAAGCUAAGCCUCAGUCAGAAUAAUCAUGAUGUAUAAACUUAAAAUGCAUAUAAUGAACAUAGCAUUGCCAUGCAUAUGUAGGUAUGUUUACAUCCUGCAACUUAUUGAACCAAUUUCAUGAUUUGUAGCAACAAUAUUUAAAAAAAAUAUUGUGGGUUAACACAAUCCAACAAUAUCAGGACAAUCAUAUUCAUCAAAUUCAUCAUUGACAUUAAAAUGUGAGCCAACAAAUGACAAUGUGUGAAGGUUGCCUAUGACUAUUCUUCAUAUAUACACAUGCAUGGUCCUUUGGGCCUCUUUCCUUGUCACAAAGUACUGAUAAUGAUGUGUAUUUUUGAAAACACUAGCUGUGCAUGUCAGAAGUUGAUUUGGAGCAGAAUUGAUGAUUUUUUUCAUUGAAGUAUAAAGUCGUUUUUUCUUCUAAUGACACAAUUACCACUCGUAAUUUCUACAAUUGAACAUGAAUCAAAAGAGAACUAACUAAACAGUCUUGUGAAACUCUUGUAACUGUCGACUUUCUAACGAGGGGUAAGAUGUUACUAAGUUGGGUCAUCUGGGGGUGUAUAUCUUGCAGUUAUCUCACGGUGGACAAGUCAUGUUAAAGUUAUCACAAGCAUGUAAAUAUUUCUUAGUUGUUUGCAUUGUUGAGAUAUUUGCUCAGGUGAAUUGCACUUGAGUCAGGCUCUUCAGCGACCCUUGAGAUAUUCUGUUUUGUUUCUUUCAUGUGACGAACAUGUCUGGACAGGAUGGGAAUCUCUGUAAAUUAGAUUGUUUUUCUCUUGGACGCACGCAAAUUUUUACGUCUUCGGAGCAAAUGAUGGGUUUCUUUGAGCACGGACACUCGCAGGAGCAAGAAAACCGUGUCUCUCUAUUUGUUUUCUACCAAAUAUAAGACUACUAGUAACCUAAUGAAAACAAUUCUCAUAGUUUUCUCGCUCUGACAACAGCUCAGAUUGACUUCAUAUUGUGGUAUGCAUGUGUUAGUGAAACCUAUACAAAUUUGCAACAAUUGAUAUGUUUCUCUAAUUCUAUCACGCAGCCUCAGUGAAACGAAGAAUCCUAUACAAAUUUUGCAACAAUCAAUAUUAUUUUCUCUAAUAACAACUAAUUGGUACCCUUAUUUUUAAAAGAAGAAUGAAUCAGAAUUAUUUUAGACUAUGAUGUGUGAUGUAAUGUAUGGCAGUUUUAUUGUAAAAGUACUUUCUAAGACCAAGGUGUUUCCUUUCAUCACAAAGAAUCUUUAUUCUGUACGUUUAGCUCAAGUGUUUUGGGUGUAAAUGGGGCUAGAGGCCGGCGACAAAAAUGGAAUAAGUUCAUCAAUUUAUUCUCAACAAUUUCAAAGUAUCUACAAUUAAGUUAAAGCGGCUAGCUUUCAUAAAAAAGUCACUUAAACCGAUAAAAAAAUAUCAAAGUUUUGAAUUUCGGCUCCUUGCAUCUCGGUUAUCUAAUUGCGUGCGUGAUAUCUCAAACGUAGGGUUUAAUCAUAGAAUAUAUAAUAGACUAUUUUCUAUUCUGUGGUUUAAUGUAGGCCAUGUAUUCGACAUCAAUAAGCUACCGUGGUUUGUGUCUGAACUACGUGAAGAAGAGUAGAACGAUUGGUAUUUUCUUGGUACUUUACACCCAAACCACGGCAGUGCAAUAUUUCAGUUUGUUUUUGCCAAUGUUUCUUUGUAAACGUAAUAUCCUAACAUUAUACUAUGUGUAAUAUGUUAAAUAUUUAAAAUAUAUAUUCCCAAGAUUCUUGAAAAGCACUCAACCAAUAUCUACAGUCUAGGUAAUAUCGCUGGUUAAUAAUUCAUAUUUACCGCGGCAGCAUGCCGUAAAAGGCGUCAUACUCUAUUUUUGGAAAUUAUAUUUUAUAACCUUUAUUAACCCUCUUGAGUAUGAGGUGUGGUGGUUUAUCAUUAGCUACAGUAUUAAAGGCGGGGUGGUUGUUAUGUAAGUUAAUGAUAUUACCAUGGUUGCUAUGGUGAUACAAUAGCGCACUCCCAUCUCGUCAAUCUUCCUGGGUGUAAACAUAGUCUAAUGAGAUAAUUUACAUACUGAGUAGUUUCGAUUCGAAUUGUAAAUCUAAUCGACUAUUAAGUAAUUGAAAGUUAGUUGACCAUGCAUUGAAUAGUUUCUGCUGUGAUUCUGUAGUCUUACAUCAUGAAAUGUCCUAAAUCUGGUUGUCAAGUGGGUCAAAGUGCGUAUAAAAGCAUUCCAAAACUUUGUUAAAAAGUUUAAAACAUUUAAUAAGCUUCUGUGUUUUGUGUCAGAACUACACGAAAAAGGGCCUCUCGACUAAACGUCAAAUUGUCGAAUAUUGCACUGAUACAGUCUCAACCUGCGUCUCGUCUUGAAUCAUAUAUUGUAUUCUCAAGAUGUCUUGUCUUUUCGGAAUUUGUUUUUUACUGAACAAUAAUAGUUCAUUUAAAAAUAUGUUUAUGUUAUUAAUCUCUGUCAUAAUCUACUUUUGAUAUUAUAUACAACUUCAAAUUAUUACUACUUUUUACUACGUCAGACAGUUUAACCUUAAAUUUGAUAUGUUAUUUUAAUAUUUUUUAAAAUUUGCUAUUUUAUUUAGGACGGGAAGGCCGCUAUAUUCUUGAAUCAAAACAUUGACUUAAAUCAAACUGGGACAGGCUCUAUGACAGGGAUAACUCUACAAUCAGCUGGCAACGGAUCAUUUCCUAUGACGACGUAUCUCCCUCCUACCAGUCAACAACUGAAUGUUUCUAAAUCUGGGGUCCAGUCUCUUUCUGUACAGGCCGUGCAUGGAGGUGGAUAUGCUACGAUAUUUACCCCCGGGGCUACGUUCCCUAAUGGAACAUAUCAGUUGGGUCAAGGAACACAGCAACCUCUCACACAGGUAGCCCUCAUUAUCUAUCGUAGUUUGCAUCUCGGGAUGAACAGUGGCAAAAAAACCUGUCAAUGUUAGAACUAUUGACACCAAUAUAGGAACGAUAAAAUUACACUUUUCAAUACGCCCUUCCGGAAAGAACUUAUCCGUGGCUAUGGUUGUUUUCAUGAUUGAGAUAUUGGUUUUAUAGUUCUUGAUUCUUGUUACUGAUGACGUAAACAGAUCUUCUAUGUUCACUGAUACAACUGUAUGGUUUCGUGUCAUCUGUAAUAAGAUAAAAGACUCAACCCAAUAUCUCAAUCACGAAAAAGAGACUUGAUAGACUAAGCACUUUCCAGAAGGGUGCAUUGUAUUUAUUUUCCUCCAAAUACAAGACGACCCCAUCCAAUGAAAACAUUAACUGAAACCAAUCCACUGAAACCUUCAUGAAUAGCGAUGGUUUUUCUAAAAUUUCAAACGACAUUUUCUAUUGACUCAAAUGAGAAUAGACAACUCUUUCAUCCUCGGACACAAAGAUUAUAUUCUAGCAUAACUUCUACUUUGUAAUUUUCUGCAUAUCCCUGCAAUGCCUGACAUUUUCUUGUAUUUAAGGUGGUCAACCCUCAAGUUCACUUACAACGAAUGCAAGCCGCAACAACAUCAGCAAACUCUCACAUGGAUUCAAACUGUUCUGUGACGUCACACAAUCAUCAUCACGGCAGUCCUGAACACCCUGAAGGCGAUAGCCCGGGUAAUGCAGGUCACAUGUCAGGCGUGCCUAUCAAUGUAUUAUCUAUGCAAGGCAAUGAGGCUGGACAGAACAAUGUGGUGUAUACUAGCGGGAAUAUGCCACUCAUGUAUAACUCCAGUGGUAUUCUCUAUGCAACACCACCCACCACCCAGUCUGCCAUGAAUGAUGGUGAUUCCAAUGGUCACCCACACCAUCUGGUUAUGCAAGAUGGUACUGUGGUGACCAACCAAGGAAUUCCUGUAUCAUUACAACACGUCCCUGGGGCUCUACAGGUAAUGACUAUUCUUGCUCUUAUUUUAUGUUUGCACUGAAAAAGAUUGGCCCAUUGACAUCGAUCUAAAGAAUGAUACUAUGAUUUUAUGAACUGAAAACGUGAUUAGCGAUACGAUCCGUUAGAAAAAAACACGUCAUUGUCCGCCAUCUUGACUUCAAUUUUCUCGACGUUCUUGCUCCAGUAUAUAUAGAGGUCACUGUAUAAACCGGCAAGCCAUUUGAACAUGUGAUGCUCUUUCUUUGAUUCUAAAAAUACUUCAUAUCCUUUCAUUCAGGUUCACCAGGAGUACAGUAAUUCGUUACAACAUCAUUCAAAUGGUAUCCAUGACAACCACAGUUCACCUGGUGACAUGGUUGGUAUGGUAGAUCCCAGUUCUCUAUCUGUUCACCCGGACGGAGCUAUGGAGACGAAAAUGAAUUCCCACAAGUAGCGAGGACUCGGGAGGAGCGAGGGGUUCCACGAUCUCGGUAGAGAAACGCGAUGGUACUGAACGGUUUGUUGAAACAGCACAAAAGAUAUUAAAUAUCUGAAAAUAUAUAUUGCGUUCACACUAGAGGAUUCAGGCGGGAUUAGAACAAACUAAAGCAACUUCAAUAAUGCAACUUUAUGUAUUCUGACCAUCAAUUCUAAACUGUUUUUCCUGAAGGUGCAGUAACUGUCAUUCCGUAUUUCAUCCCUUACUACAUGUGAAAACAUGCAGUGAUACUUUAUCACGAACACCGUUUCAUUGUGUUGAAGUAAAUUUAAAAUUGAUUUCAAAUGCGUCCAUUCCAGUGGAGAAGGUAGCCAUGGCAACUGAUCAUGCUAUGCUAAUAAACUUGAAUCUAGAUAUGUUGAAGACAAGACAUUUCUAAAGGUUUGAGUAAUACAAAAGCAUGACCUGUUGUUAUAGCUAGCUUCACCACUGAUCCAGUUCUGAAUCAACUAGUGUGAUGAUGGCAGCGUAUGAAAGAUUGAAGUUAUUUGAAAUGUGUACUAUUUAAUCAAACAUUAUGAAUUGCCCACUCCUAUGGAGUGAUAAAGAAUAUUAAAACCAAAAAUUAUCGUAAGAUAAAUUACUAUUCAAAUAAACGGAAAAUUUCACGAACAUUAGUAAAGCGGUCAAACGAGGAUGAGGGUUGGUAGUCACGCAUUGUUACGGGGGACAUUCCAAGCUCUAGAUUAACAAAAUAAAGGUUUGAUAAGUGUUCCAACUAUGUUUUAACUUGCAGUAAAUACAUGAUAGUGUUGGGAAAGUAUUAAGAACAGCCAACCAAGGUCACGUGGCUGCCUCAUGCACUCUCAUCCUCGUUUCAUCCGCGCUUAAUAGACAUGAUAGACAUCCGAAAUAUCUGCACUGCUUUAACUAUCCCAUUGGCUUACAAAAUUCCGUGUAACAUUCUACUAUGUAGGAUUGCAUUCAUGUCUGAACACAUCGCACAAAUGUUUUCAUUGAGUUGAAGAGUAGGCGUAAUAUGUUUGGAAUGGAAACAAAUAAUACAAUGUCAUUUCCUCAUGCCCAGACAAUGUGAGGUAGUCGACCCACAUAAUCUGUGCAGGGGGCCGGCUUUUGUUGGGACGCGAUGUUAUAUUAGGACGAUUUUGAUGUCUUUGGAAACAAGACGACAUGAUGAAAGUAAACUGUUGCAUAAGCUUUCUAUAGUUUUUUGUAUUUGUUUGAAAAUCGUACCAUUCGGAACGUAUAGUAAUAACAUUUCUCAUAACUUUCAUUGGGUAUAUCAAAAUGGCAUUCAUCUCCUCCCAGUAACGUUGGACAUGAUAUCCAUAAACAUUUCCUCAAAAAACGCCUUGGGAUUAAAAAAUAUCCCAGGAAAGAACAAACAAGAAAACUCCCUCUGAUGAAAACAAUGCAUAAAAUUACGGAACUAUACACAAAGAAUAUCUGAAAGUUUAAGCUAGUAUUGUAUGGGAUUAAAAAGUGUUGAUGCACUUCAAAUGGGGACAAGCUGACGCCUUCCUACAAACUCGAAAGGGAUAGAAUUAAAAACUGCGCAAACACAAAAAUUUUAAUAACGACUGAAAAGACCGAAAAGUUUAUGGUGUAGAGCAUGCCUGCAUUUUUUCGACCAGUAAAUCUAUAUGAAAUAAUUUUAGCAUUCCUGAUGAUGACUACACUCUAGUCGAAAUGUCGAUGAAACAGUUUCGAAGAAUGUUUUCGGAGUUACUUUUGCUUUGUAUUCAAAUACAUUUCAACUUAGCCAAUAUCUAAUGAGGACAUCCUGUCUUCUUCCUCAAAACUCGAAAGGGGAUAGAAAAAAAAAACAAAUCCAGGAAUAAAAGUGAACAAUUGUCCCCACCCAACGUGGGUUCACUGCGGACGUGAGAACAAUGCUAUAAACAGGAAAAGUAUGAAGUAAUAGUCUUUCGGACGUUUUAGAACGGAAACGCGUGGUACGACUUGUAGAAUCUUCGAUAAAGAGUUUGUUCAAGUAGCCACUUGAGAAUCACUUGAGCAAACUCGUGAGAAGUCGACCUGCGGUUUUGACAAUAAAAAUACAGACUUUCCCCAAUCCGUGCUGGGUGAAUUGCCUAAAUCACUGAGUAGAAACUGAAUUUAAAGCGAAAAUUUCCCGAAGAUGGAAAGUCGCAAAUACUUGACGUCAUCAGUUAGGAAUUCUGUACAAAAAUGUAACUCCACAAAGAAUCUUUAGUAACAUCUGAACAACAUUCUUAUAGCCUGUUACAACGACAAUUUGUACCAAUAAUGCCAGCAAUUCGCGUCAUUACUAGCAAUUUAUUAGCAUCGUUACCGUAUUUUUACAAACCAUAAAUGCACUAUUUUUAGUCACCGAGAGUUGUAAAUUUUAAAAUUUCCUUUUAUGGAUUGUUUUGUGAAAUUAACCAAGAAAACUUUACGCCUUCGGAUUACCCCGAGUACCACGAAAAAAAUCAAUACUGACAUUUCACCUCCUCGUUUCAUCCGGGCUUUAGACUGAUCAAACCUCUGUAAGUAACUAUGAUAGCAUAUUUUAAUGCCAAUGGGAUGGUUAAAGUCUUCAAAAUGUUGUAAUUACCAAGUAGUUUUAGUUGAGAGCACUAGAUUUGCAUAUGAUUUAUAGUGAGAGUUGAAACAAAUUGAGACGUUUAGCGAGUUAAUAGUUCUAUUUAGCCAAAGUUGACUGUAAAUGGUUUGUACAGCACUAUUGUAAAUAAUAAUUUACAAAUUUGUAAAUAAUGAAAGUGUUAUAACGUGUAAUAAUUUAGAGAAUUUAUACACUUAUUGUGGAAUUGCAAAUGUUUUCUAUUAAUAAACAAUACUUAAAAAUCUGUUUUGUGUUAUUGUCAUUUAUGAUUUAUGAAAUAUGUAAUAGAACACAAGUGACAUCGUUGUUUGAUUUCAACAUUUAUUGCCUUCAUUUACAUGCCAUUGUCAUCAACGUUUAAUUUCAGGAUUUAUUGCCUUUAUUUCUAUGAAUUAAUGAGAGCCUGAGUAUGGUAAAGUCCGAAUGUUCUAGGUUUCCAAGAGAAGAUCGAGUUCUUCUAGAGGUGUUCUAAUUCUUAAUUCUUUGUCUUCCAUCAUGUCGUAAACAUCUUGAAACAAUUCAGGAAAUAUCCUCAUCGCCUCCAAAUAUAUUAUCU